AUGCCGUUCUUCCUGUCGCUGGUAAACUUCCUCAACGGUCUCUGCUGGAUGGGCUAUGCGCUCAUCAAGUUUGACAUCUACAUCACGAUCCCCAAUGCCCUCGGUACAAUCUUUGGCCUCAUCCAGCUGAUCCUAUACGGGUACUACUACAGAUCGACCCCCAAGAAGGGCAAAAACGUUGAACUGCCCACCGUCCUCACCAAAAACGCCGUUACCAGUGGCGACGUCUCGGUCACCAUUGAGAAAUAA